GUGUAUUUCAUGGAUCCGCUAAAGAGGCGGCUCGUCACCGGUGAAUGGAGAACUAUUGUGGACAACUCCAUCAAAAUAUUCAAUGCACAAAAGCGUAGGAAAGGCCGAAAGACAGUUCAAUGGAAAAACUAUGCAGGCAUUCCGGAGCAGAUGGGUGAUAAGACUUGUGGAUAUUGGAUUAUGCAUUACAUGAGGGAUAUAGUGGAGGACAAAAACCGAGAGUGGAGUGCUAAGUGGGAAAGAAAAGCAAAUCACUAUUACACAAUGGAGAAUGUUGAUGUUGUCCGGGCAGAGUGGGCAAAGUAUGUUAUGAAGUUCAAAGAUAACUAGUGCAUGUGUAGGUUAACUAGUAGUUGGAGAUAUGUAGCAUCAACUUUUUGGACAUGCAUAGUUGAUAUAUAUAUAUAUAUAUAUAUAG